CCACAUGGCAUCGCUCAGUGUCGCUGGUGGUCAUGGCCGGCAGACGUCGUGCUUGGACGCGCGGCAGAUCCAGCGCGUCAACCAGCAGGCUGAGGUUCUCUUCGGCAAGGAGCACGUCCUGGAGCCCAACUUUGCUGCACCGAUGCCGGUCCCUGAAGCGUACGAGCACCCCGACGAGGAGGAGCUCCUUGGUGUCGAGUACGCCAUGUGCCAGUCCACCAGCUUCACUGCCAGGGACUACUACGUGCAGAAAGUUGAGGAAGAGCAGUCGCGUGAGGAGGAGGAGGAGGACGACGAUGAGUCGGCUGAGCAAGAAGACGACGAGAUGGCGGAUGAGGGUCUCGGCAUGUCUUCUGAUACAGAGGAGGACCCGAUAGACAGAGUCUGUGGCAAGCACGUCGUCCUCACACAGGCAGAACAGGUGGAAGAGGAGGACAGUCCUGCCCUGCAAGAUGUGCUGAUGAGACAUCGACAUCUGCAUCUGCCAGGUAUAGAGGAAGUGGAGGCACUGGCAUUGCUCCUCCUAGAACUGGCCGACAACAGCGACCACCACUUAGUGCCGGCUGACCUCAGGCAGAAGAUCGCCGCCGCCGCCAGCUCUCUCCACGACCACGACAAGACCGCGGCCCGCUUCGUCAAGCAGUACGAGUCCAGGUGGGGUUACACCUUGUUCGGUCGGUGCCUUGGGGCGGACUCUCCCGAGACCAGAGCAGCCCAGAAGACCAAGUUUGGCUGCAUGAGGUACGCUCCGGCGGCACAGGUGACCGAGGACAGUCGCUUGCUCUACCUCCUCCUCAAGAUGCUGAAGAACCGAGCGCCGGCCAAUCAGCUCACCUCCCCAGCAAGGUCACGGCUUCUUUGAAGGGACAGUAUAAGAGGAUUGCAGACCGAGUUCAAGACGACCCCAUCCUCAGCGGUCUCGCCAUUCCACUGCCCAACUUGAACGCCAAGUCCAUCUCGACCUUCGCUGCCAGGGAGGAGAAAAAGGCCAACUACGGGGCGACGGUACUGCCGAAGGUGACGCCUCACCUGAAAGUGCUGUCGGACGCACCGUUCCCGGAAGCUCCUGCGCUACCAACAUCCCUCCCACCGCCAGACCGGCCUCAGGUCCAGUACCAGCACGUUCAUCACGAGGCUGGAAAAAGGCGUGGUGAGAAGCGGAGAUUAUUUGAUGAAGAGCCAGAGCCUGUGCCUCCUGUGGACUGGCCCGUUCAGCCCACAGCGUCGUCCUCCUCCACUCGGCCAAGGCCUGCUGCGUCCACCCACCUCCAGCCAAGGCCUGCUGCGUCCACCCACCUCCAGCCAAG